GUAACACUGUUCCGCUAAACUCCGUGAAACAUAAUUGUGGUCCUUUUAUAAUCAAACACAGCGUAUUAUGAAACAAGGAAACUGUACUUUAUUCAUAAAAUCAGAAUGAACACUUUUACAUUCAUUGGUUCACAAUUUCAACAGUAAUCGUGUCAUAAUUACACGUUCACGUUGUUAUUUUUGGUGAAGGAAACUCCGGAGCCUCCCCUUGUUGCAUGACUAAACAUUUUAAAAUAUGAAGGUCAAAAGGAGCUCACAUGGUAAAGGACAUGGCAAAUCCCAGAAGUGGAGAGACGCUAGAACUAAACGGUGCAGACCAACAGCUGUCACCUCAUCGGAUCUGAACUCCACUCCCGCUAUGGCCCAACUAAUUAACGAACAUCAGGUCUUAGGGAAGAAAAAACCCAACAUCAAAAGACUAGAGACUAAACCAAAAUCUGUCUCUGAUUCUAAAAAGACUGGACCGCAGAAGUUUUUUGCUCACACUAAUGGGAAUUCUAGCUCUGCCGUGGAAGAAGCCGAGGAGAUGGAGCAAAACAGCUUUUCAGGGUUUGGUCACCAUGGAAACGGUUUAGAGUUUGUUGGAGAUAAGCAGUUUUUUAAGCCUGGGAGACUGGAAGGGAAUGCGCUUCACCACUGCGCUGUAAGAGACGACAAGAAGAAUCAUGCAGUGGUGGUCAUGCAAAAGGAUCAGACCCUGUGUUUCCGUGGUAAGUGUUUCCUGACGUGCUUGUACGGUCGUGUAGAGGUGAUGGGAUUCACUAUAGAGGAGGGGCAGCAGCCGUACCCUCUCUUCUCUCCGGCCUCGCACAGCCCCAUCACCGUCAGAGCCAUGGAGACUGAAAACACACACUUCAGUGAAGACUCGGCACAGCUCGCAGACAUCCUCAGAGACUAUCUCACGUCAGGAUCUAGAAAGAAGCUUGCAGGAAAGGUGAUUCGAGACUCCUCCAUCAUUUUACUGGAGCCAAUGGAGUCAACGCUGACGAGAUUUCUGGCCAGUUUCCCAGACCUUAAUGAAUUAUUCAGCCCUCCAGUGAGUGAACUCCUGUCAGCUGUUUUAGACACUCCACUGAAUGGUCUCGGUAUAAUUCCUCUUUCCAAUAACAUAGAAGGCAUCACAUCCUCAACAAGCCUCAAGAAUGUCCUAAACACUCUUGUCAAUGCUUGUAAAGGGGAUAUGGAUGGCACUGUUAUCCUGGUUUGUGGAGCCAAGAACGUGGGCAAGUCAACAUUUAUCCAAAUGCUCAUCAAUACUUUAUUAAAUCACACUGGGAGCGUAGAGUAUUUGGAGGGAGACCUUGGACAAACAGAAUUUACUCCUGCUGGCUGUGUAUGUUUGACAACUGUUACAGAACCACUUUUGGGUCCCCCAUUCACGCACCAGCGGACCCCGGAGCACAUGAUCUACUACGGAGAGUCAUCCUGUGAGUCAGAUCUGGACCGCUACCUGGAGGCACUCAAGUCUCUAUGGCACAGCCAGCCUCAGAGCAGAGAGGGCCCAGUCAUUAUCAACACCAUGGGCUGGGUCAAAGGCUUUGGGCUCCAGUUGCUUGUGGACAUGCUUCGCUUCUUCCCCGUCUCACAUGUGGUUCAGUUGGGUUAUGGUGGGAUUCAGCAGUGCCCCUCCCUUACCCCCGACUACCUGAGGACCGCACAGGGCUAUCAGACACACCCUCCACCUCAGUCUGCCCUGGACGAGUUCGCAGAGAGCUCCACCCCACCCAGAACAUUUGUCCACUUGCCUGUCCAGUCUGAGUUUAAGGGAGUGGGGACACAAGGCAAAGCAAAACACCAGCGCUCUAAUGAAAUGAGAGAGUUGUCUUUAUUGGCUUAUCUGAGUCAGCUCCAGUCUCCUGACCCUGGACCAGUCAGACCUCUGCACAGUCUCACUCCAUAUCAGGUGCCACACAGUGCGGUUGCCCUGGGUGUACUCCACUGUGAGGUGAUGCCCAGUCACAUGUUUUAUGCCGCUAAUGCCAGCCUGGUGGCACUGUGCUGCUUGAGAGAGAAAGUCACCAGCAGAGGGAGCCCUGUGCUACUACCCCAGGCUCCUCUGUGCCCCUGUGUGGGAUUUGGUAUUCUCCGAGGCAUAGAUGUGGUGAGAGGUUUAUAUUACCUGUUGACUCCAGUUGACCCCUCCGUCCUCCGAAGCGUCAACUGUCUUCUGGUGGGAGCCAUUUCACUGCCCUCCUGCAUCGUCAAAACGCAGGGCUGUGAUGAGGACACGCCAUACAUCACUUCAAACUACAGUUUUGAUCUGACUGGAGCCGGAAAACUAAAAAUCUUCAAGGGAAUGUUGAGGCCAGGCCAAGAGAGACACUAAUGUCUUUAAUGUGCAUUAUCCCUUUUUAAAUACAUAAAUAAAUCUACAGUAGGCUUCAACUCUCCUUUAGGAUUUGUAUGUUUUUGACCAAAAUCCUGACUCAAGAUCUGGAGGGUUCAGCACUGAAGAAUGGGUCAAAUGCAAAGGACAAUAUGGGUUACAUGCAUAGGACAAAAAACAAAACAAAACAUACCUUAACAAUUACUUGGACGAAGCACAACGGAGCAUACGAUACUGAAGACUUACCAGCGAUUUUCUUUCAUGGGAUUUUAAUGUGUGAAAUCCUUAGGUGCUCUGGACAUUAUCCCAAACAAAAGUACUUCUACAGACUUUGUUAGCCUAAAAUCUGACAAAGAUAAAGGAUCUUGUUUGACUUCUUUGUAGAUUACAUUCCAGUACUUGACACUGUUGAGGUUUACACUCUCCAAUAAAGUGUUGUUUUCAAGU